GUUUCUGGGGCGGUGAAUGCCCGACGGUUCAGAGGAAGGGUCACUACGUUACGUGUUUUUUGAAGCGGCCAGAUCUGCUGAGCUUUUCCAGCGACUUCUGUUUUUCCGGUCAAAGGGUGGUUUUGAUCGAUCAAUUCUGGGAGCGUUGAUUGUUUGGCUCGGACGGUCGUUUUGACUGGUCGGCUCUGGGAGCGUUGAUUGAUCGAUUUGGGCUGUAGUUUUGAUUGGUCAAAAGAGGCAGCUGGGCCGCCUGCCAGUUUCGGGUGACUGAGCAUUUUGUUGUGUCCAACGUGUGCGGCCUAGGACGGGAAAUCUACCCCUUUGCCAGAUCUCUGUGAAAACGUUUUAAAUCGAGCACUGUUUGUUUACUUUAAAGGAGUCGAGCAGAAUGAGUGCUGAGCGUAAUCUAGAUGAUGAGGAUACUUUUAAGAUUUUGAUUGCAACUGACCUUCACUUGGGCUAUUUGGAAAAAGAUGCCAUUAGGGGAAAUGAUACCCUUGUUACUUUUGAUGAGAUUUUAAGAUGUGCACAGGAAAAUGAAGUAGAUUUUAUACUCUUGGGUGGUGAUCUCUUUCAUGACAACAAACCCUCUCGUAAGACAUUGCAUAUCUGUAUGGAGCUGUUGAGAAAAUAUUGCAUGGGUGGUAAUCCAAUACACUUCGAAAUUUUAAGUGACCAGUCGGUUAAUUUUGCUUUUAGCAAAUUUCCAUGGGUAAAUUAUUAUGAUGGAAAUUUAAACAUCUCUAUUCCGGUUUUCAGCAUUCAUGGUAACCACGAUGAUCCUACAGGGGCAGAUGCUCUUUGUGCCUUGGAUCUUUUGAGCUGUGCUGGAUUAGUAAAUCAUUUUGGUCGGUCCAUGUCUGUGGAGAAGACUGACAUUAGCCCUGUUCUGAUGCAGAAAGGAAAUACUAAGCUGGCGCUCUAUGGUUUGGGAGCCAUCCCCGAUGAACGACUCUACCGAAUGUUUGUAAAUAAGCAAGUUACUAUGCUUAGGCCAAAGGAAGAUGAAGAUAGCUGGUUUAAUAUAUUUGUUAUUCAUCAAAACAGGUACAAACAUGGAGCUACCAAUUACAUUCCUGAGCAAUUUUUGGAUGAUUUUUUGGACCUUGUCAUUUGGGGACAUGAACACGAAUGUAAGAUAGCUCCGACAAGAAAUGAACAGCAGCUCUUCUAUGUCUCACAGCCUGGAAGCACAGUUGUUACUUCUCUUUCUCCAGGAGAAGCUGUGAAGAAACAUGUUGGGCUGUUACGAAUUAAAGGAAAAAAAAUGAACAUGCGGAAGAUUCCUUUGAAAACAAUUCGCCAGUUCUUUAUUGAGGAUGUUAUCCUUGCAGAUUGUCCUGAUAUAUUUAACCCAGAUCACCCCAGAGUCACACAGAAAAUAGAGGCUUUCUGUGAAGAGAAGGUGGAAGGAAUGUUGGAUGUUGCUGAAAGAGAACGUAUUGGAAAUUCUCGUCAACCAGAAAAGCCUCUAAUAAGAUUGAGAGUGGAUUAUAGCGGUGGUUUUGAACCUUUCAACACUCUUCGAUUUAGCCAGAAAUUUGUUGAACGAGUUGCCAACCCUAAAGACAUUAUUCACUUCUUCCGGCAUAGACAUCAGAACGAUAAAAAAGAUGAUGUGCAGAUUAAUUUUGAAAAAAUUGCAAAUAAAUCUACAGAAGUAUUAACAUUAAGAGUGGAGGAUCUCGUCAAACAGUAUUUCAAGACUGCAGAGAAAAAUGCCCAGUUAUCACUAUUAACUGAAAGAGGGAUUGGAGAAGCUGUGCAGGAGUUUGUUGACAAAGAAGAGAAAGAUGCUAUUGAUGAGCUGGUAAAAUUUCAGUUGGAAAAGACGCAGCGGUUUUUGAAGGACCAGCGCAUUGAAGCUACUGAAGAUAAGAUUGAUGAAGAGGUUCGCCAUUUUCGUGAAACCCGGAGACAGAACACAACUGAAGAAGAUGAAGAAGUUCAAGAGGCAAUGAGUAGAGCCAGAGCGCACAGAACUGAAGGAAAAGAAAUCUCAUCAUUAAUUAGUGAUGAUGACGACAUGAUCAUUUCUGAAGAAAAGGCUGCAGACUCUGGUGAAAGCAGUGCAUCUGUAGCUAACAGAGGGAGAGCCAGAGGUCAUGGAAGGAGCAGCAGUAGAGGCCAGAGCUCUUCCACAGCAAGAGGAGGAUCCAGAAGAGGAAGCAGGAGCAGUGGAAGAGAAACUGGCGACAAAAUAAAAGUCUCCAGCAGGACUUACAAAGCUCCAGUCGUUACUCCCAUAAAGAAUUCAUUAAUCAUGGAUGCUUUUAAAAGAUCGAGCCAGCACCCAGCACAGACUUGGCAUCAAAGUCCUUCUGAGGAGGUCGUAAUUGGUGAUGAUUCAGAUGUGGAAGAACCUUGUCUAUCCAGUUUCUCAAAACAAAAUCAGGGGAAUUCAAGAUCUUUCAGUAGAAGAGGUUCUCAAAACCAGUCUAAAGGAGUAAAUUUUUAUGAUGACGAUGAUGAGGAUGAAUUUGAUCCCUUUUAAAAGUUCUGCAACUCCCAAAGGAAACAGAAGAUAACUACUCAAACUCCCAUAAUGUACUGAUGGCUUAUAUUCUGGAGCUUUCUGUUAACAGUUUCAGUGACAAUAAUUAUCUAAUGAAAGAUUUUUCAACAUUGUUCUUGCUUAAACAUUUGUUACCUGACACAGAGGUGGAUACCUGUCAGUGGAUGUGAAUACUUCAUUUUUGAUUUUUGCAUACGUACGGUACUGUUUUCCAUUUAUAUUUGUAUUCUAUGUGAAUUGUUUUAUUAAAAGAAUACAUGAUACCUGAAA